AAUUUACGUACUCAUAUCUCAUUUUCAUUUCGAAUGAACACAAUUUAUUUUUCAUAUAUUUUCAAGAAGUUUGUGACGUUUAAAAACUAUAUGUAUUACAAAAAAUGGACAUUGCAAAGAUGCAAGUCACACUGUUCCUGAUAUCACUGUGCCUUUACACUACCGCUGUAUUCAGUAACUACACCACCACCAAUGGUAACACUAUUGUUGGAGAAUGCAUAAUGCUACCCAUGUUUUUAAAUAAACCUCAGCCACUUUGCCACUACAAAGUGACUGGAAAUUGGUUCGACAGCUCUCUAGCGUUAAUGGAAUACAACAAUUGGGUACAAUUGCAAUGCAAUGCACACGUUAAGUACGAGUAUCUUGAUGACUACAACUUCCCGCACUUUGCUGAAACAGCUACAGUUGCUUCUAUAAGCUUUUAUAACUGUCCAUUGCCAAAAGACCGUUUUGCUACAGUGUUAAAGAAGCUAAACAUGAAAACAUCAACAUUAAGUAAUUUGCCAAUCACCCCAGCGCUCAAAGCCUCUCAGUUUGAGGGACUUAACCUCACUUCUCUAGAAUUACGUUAUGAUGAGAGGAGUGUACUGGCCAGACCGCGUGUGCCGAAGGAUGUCGUGAAAUACAUCUCUACGCUGUCUGACUUUAGACUGAUAGGAGCGGAGCUGCCGAAGUUGCCCAACACCUCAUUAAUAGAAAAGAUGGGUUUAGAGAGCGGUAUGUCUCAAAGCUCAUUGGGCGGUUGCAGCCACCUCCGUGAGCUGACUCUGAUAAGUUGGGAUGUGGAGAGUCUGGAUACUGAUAAGGGUUGGCUGGCUACUUGCUACAACCUCACACAUCUUGAUCUGCAGUCUCUUUCUGUUGAUUCUCUUCACCGAGUGCUUACGAAAGCGAGCAGCCUUCGUAAACUAGAGAUCAACAACUUACCAGAUCGCAUGUUUGAGAUAGACAUCGGCAUUACCAACGCAACGAACAUUGAAAGCAUUCAGAUACGUAACAGCCAGUUGUUUCAUUUUCAGUUUAACAAUGUUGUAUUUGCGAGUCUUGCUGAAUUGGACUUAUCAGAUAAUGGCUUCGAUAGACGCACCGUCGAAUAUAUUUAUAUGGCAUUGGGACGGGCACCACAUUUGAAGAACUUCACACUUACUCAUAAUCCACGUUUAAAUUUAUGCCAAGUCGAUACGACAACGAUGAUCACGGAACUUUGGUCUCUGUGGUUACCAAAGUUGAAAAGACUGGUGGCUUCUCGUACCGCAACGUCUGAGCUUUGUUUGCAAAACAUGCGGGCGCAGUCUCUCGAGCAUCUCGAUCUUUCGAGUUGCAAAGUUAGAAAAUUAAAGUUUUCAGGUUUACCGAAACUCAACAACAGUCAAUUAGAGCUCCGGCUCGAGCGCAAUGUCAUCGAAGAAGUAUCAUUCAAAGUGAAUGACUACAGCAAAUUUCUUGAGAGUGACGAUGCAGCAAAGCCAAGAGAAUUAGGCAUUCAAAAAUUACAUCUUCAAGAAAAUCGCAUCCAGAAUUUUACUGCCCACAGUCUUCCUGAAACGCUUAAGUUCAUUGACUUGAGCAACAAUGUAAUAUCUUACAUUGAUGACGAGACUGCAAAUGCGCUGUUCUCUACUCCUGAUCGACGCAUCAAGUUUGCUGGCAAUCCUAUCGUAUGCGAUUGCCAAAAUCAAGUCUUCCUCACUUCCCUAAAUGAACAUAAAGAACAGGUAGAGGACUAUACAAUGCUAACCUGUGCAAUAGAUGGACAACCUAUAAGUAAUGUCACCGUGUCAACACUUUGUCCGAAGAGAGACCUGCUAGAAUCCAUCCUUUUUCGUGUUUUACUUCCAGUCUUGCUCAUAUUUGCUGGGUUAAUUGCGCUAGUUGUAGCCAUAUACUUCAGAUAUGGACAGGCUAUCAAAAUCUUCUUAUAUGCAAGAGGUUGGUGUCUCUGCUGCUUAAAGGAAGAGGAGCUCGACGCGAAACGCCCUUUCGAUGUUUUCAUCUCUUUCUCUCACGACGAUGAGGAGUAUGUUGUAAAAGAGUUACUGACUUUGUUAGAAAAAGAAGACUAUAAAACGUGUGUUCACAUGCGGGAUUGGGUUAUUGGCGAGUGGAUCCCGAAACAGAUAUCAGUGUCGAUAGAAAUCUCGCGGCGUACAUUGAUAGUUCUGUCGAGGAAUUUCGUUAAGUCCGUGUGGGGGAUGCUGGAGUUCCGCAUGGCGCACGCGAGUAUGCUGAACGAGGGCCGGGCGAGGUUGAUCGUCGUGGUGUUAGAUGAUGUUAUGGAAGCGGACGAUUUGGACCCGGAGUUGAAGACCUAUCUUCGGACCAACACAUACUUGGAGAAGAGUGAUCCUUGGUUCUGGGACAAGCUGCGGUUCGCGCUGCCGCGACGAGGACGUUCGCCGCCUGAGAAUAGUCAGAAGGUGCCAGCGGAUGUGGCAAGGGAUUUUGGUCCUUAUGGACCUGCUCUGUCUCUUGUUUCAAUGACUCGAGAUAAUAAUGCAAGAGAUAUUCCAGUUUAAUGACUCGUGUUAGUUUUAACACUCGCUAAACUCUGUAACGAAGCCAAAGAUUUUCAUGCCAUAUGACUAGUAAAUAAAAUAGGAAUGCAUUUUGCCACGUUUAUUUAUAAAUAAAGAAAUAGGAAAAGUGUGUUUGGGUGUUAGAGUUUAAAGUAUCGGUUUCCAAAAAUAUGUUUGCUUGACCACCCUCUUUGUUACUUAUAUACUUAUUCGUUUUUCUUAUAUCAUUAAAAAACACAACUAGUUAUAAAAAAGGUCUACGUUAAGUGAUUUGUGUUGAGUGCCAUUUUCUGUAAUUAAAACUAUCGUGAAACUAAAAAGUUUGGGUACGAUCUUAUCUUGACAAUAGAAGUCAACCGGUAUGUAUUAAAGGGUUCUCAUCCCCACCUGUUACUAUCUCUCUGGCGUGCUCCAGGGUUCCCAUUUGGGGCCUUUAUUUUUUAUAAUAUUUAUUAAUGACCUGAUUGCAAAACAUCGUUGCUCCUGUCCCUUAUACGCAGAUGAUCUAAACAUUUUUAACACUAUCUCUAACAGCAGUAAUAAUAUCAUUCUUCAAAAUGACAUUGAAACUGUCGCUCAAUGGUCCCAAACAAACCUAAUGUACGCCGGGAAGUAGUUAGAGACUUUGGUAUAUUGUUUGACGAAAUAUUAACCUUCAGAAAUAACUUUGAUCAUAUUUUAUGCUUGUUAAGGCCUACAAGACAUUAGGCAUUAUGAACCGUGCUACUAAAACUUUCAAGAAACCGUAUAGCUUUAUCAAUCUCUAUAGCUCAUUGUGUUGGAACGUUUUCCAAGUAGACAUAGAAAUGAGACUCCAGUGACUGUUAUAAAUUAUAUUAUAAGAUCUUUCACUAUAAAUCCAAACAAAACAAAACACGUCUGUUCUAGUCAAAGAUGCUUUUCGUAAUGGCGGCCGCCUGUCACCGUUCCGUUGUUAUCGAUGAUGAUGUUAUCGAUUUAUUUCUUAUUUCGAUGAAACUAAUUCUUAAUGACGCAAAGUAAGUUUUCUAACAAAAUAAAAUAAUAUAAUGUCACGAUACGCUAACAGACGGCCAUUCUGCUCUAGGAAUGUCCUCAUUCCGGAAUAAGCUCGGUCAUUCGACAAGUGGAGAGCAUGUCCUCAUGCUUCUUCUAGAAUUGCUCGUAACACAGGAGCAGUCGCUUCUUGAUUAACUAGUCGGCACGGCAGUG